AUUGACAUUGUUGCCACCAGGCGGCGAAGCCAUCUAUCCUCCGCCCCAAGCUCCGGUUGACUCCCCCGGAGACCACGCGAAGCCGCUCUCUGUCCGCCGCUCGUUCGCCCUUAUAAAUAGCUAGAAUGAAGUAAAAAUAAAUAAGUGGAAAGCUAGUUGCAGAGAAUAUGGCUCCUCCAACCUUCAUAAUCUUGGCAUCUCUAUUCAUCAUAUCUAUUGUUGCUUGUUUUAUCAUCCAAAGCAAGAAGAAAAGAUCUCGGAAUCUUCCUCCCGGGAGCUUCGGAUGGCCGAUCAUUGGCGAAUCACUAGAGUUCCUCCGCAGAAACCGCGAAGGGAGACCGGACAAGUUUGUGACAGACAAGUUGAAAAAGUACAAUUCGGACGUGUUUAAGACUCACUUGAUGGGUGAGCCGGUGGUUGUCUUGAGGGGCCCCACAGGGAACAAGUUUUUGUUCAGCAAUGAGAACAAGCUCGUCAUGUCAUGGUGGCCGGCCUCCAUUCAGAAGUUGCUCGGAGUUUGUUUAGUGACUUCCGUGGGCGAAGACGCCAAACAGAUGAGGAAGCUUAUGUCAUACUUCAUGGGCCCGGACGCGCUCCAACGGCUUUAUCUCAAAACCAUGGAUUUCGUCACUCGGCAACACAUUCAAUCUCAUUGGCACAACAACGCGGAAUUGAAGGCGCUCCCCCUCGUCAAGAUGUACACGUUCGAGCUAGCUUGUCGCUUGUUUAUGAGCAUCGAAGACCCGCACCUGAUAAACCGGCUUUCCCACCUCUUCAACGUUGUCCUCAAGGGGAUCAUAUCGCUCCCGAUUAACCUCCCCGGGGCGCGAUUCCGGCGUGCAAUGCAAGCAGCCGCCUUGAUAAGGGAGGAGCUUCUUGGGAUUGUGAAGCAGAGAAGAGAAGAUCUGAAGUCGCACCCCUCCCAGGGGCGCGAUCUUCUCUCCCAUUUGCUUCUCACCCCUGACGAGGGUGGGAACUUCAUGUCGGAACUCCAUAUCGCGAACAACAUACUCCUACUUUUGUUCGCGGGCCACGACACGUCCAGUGUCACUAUCACUCUAUUGAUCAAGAAACUCGGAGAGUUUCCGCACGUUUACGAAGAGGUCCUUCGAGAGCAGAGAGAAAUCGCAGGGUCGAAAGAGGCAGGAGAGUUUCUGCAUUGGGAUGACAUACAGAAGAUGAAGUACUCGUGGCACGUCGUCUCCGAAGUCAUGAGGCUAUACUCCCCCAUCUUCGGGACCUUCAGGGAGGCACUUGAGGACGUAAACUACGAAGGCUAUGUCAUCCCCAAAGGCUGGAAGUUCUACUGGAAUGGUCCGAUCACGCACCUGGAUGGAGGUUUCUUCCGAGACCCGACGCGCUUCCACCCCUCAAGAUUCGAAGAUGACGUGCCCACGCCUUACACAUAUGUGCCGUUCGGGGGAGGCCCGAGGAUGUGCUUGGGAAAAGAGUUUGCUCGCCUCGAGAUACUCACAUUUUUGCACAAUGUGGUUACGCAGUUCCGGUGGAGUUUGCUCAUUCGUGACGAGAAGAUCGAAUACGACCCUAUGCCCAUCCCGGUCGAAGGCCUUCCCAUUCGUCUUCAUGCCCACAAACAAUGAAACUCUUACUUCUGUUCAGAGUUCACACUUUAUUUGACAGACUAUAAUUAUAGCUCAAUUUAAGAGGUAUGGUUUCUUGCUUCUAUGCAACUCUUGCUUCUGAAAUUGUCACCUCACCUGAAAAAGGCUAUGUGGGUUGGGUUGGUU